AUGAAACAAAGGAAACAGCUUAGCAAUGAAGAACGUAACCAAAUUAUUUGUACUUGGAAAACUGGUGUGAAGCAAAUAAAAAUCCCAGUGACUCUAAAACUUUCCAGAAGUACCAUCAAUGAUGUAGUAACAUACUACAGAAAGGCUGGAAAAGUUGUUUUGAUGAAUAAAUUCGUUGAAGCAACCUCUGUAGAGGCAGGCGCAAAAGUAGGUUGGAAUGAAAGGAAACCAAAAGAAAAAUAUGAUGUUGAAUGUUUAGUUUCAACAUUUAGGUCAGGAAGAGUAGGCGUAAUAGUUUGGGGAUGUUUUAACAUAUACGGUCUUGGACCUUUAGUUCAG